AUGAAACGGGCAGCUAGUGUUACUUUAGCAUCUGUUCUCAAUUCGAGAGUUAACACAAAAUCGACUGUAAUUUUGAUGGUGGCAGAUCAGUCAGACAGCCAGCUCAAAAAUUUGCAAUCUCAUACAGAUAAUCUACUUUCAAAUGACACAGUUCUUGAGCAAGAAAGAAUAACAAAUGGUAAACAGGAAAGCACUAACAAGUUUGAAGAAAACAAUAAUGUUCACAUGGAUGACGCCCUUCAAAUGAAUGAAAGUGAAGUGAACUACUCAAAUUCAUUUAGUAGUUUAAAGAAACUACGCUUAAAUAAGCAAUUUAAAAGCUUAUCAAUCGAUGAACAAACUGAAGAGAAUGAAAUACGUCAAAAACAGUUGAAUAAAUUAUAUCAUUUAAUUCAGUCGAAUCCAGGGCGUUACGGUGAAUUAUCCAUUGAUGAUAUCAAUAGACAAAUGUCACAUUUCUAUUUAUAA